CUCUCAUCUCCUCCUUGCCUUCGACUUCGACCAAUCCAAUUGCCUUGACCCUGUCGACACCGUUGCUUCCAUAUCUCAUUCUAUCCUCCGAUCGUGACUCUGCUCUUCUCAGGCGAUCAAGAUGGGCCCCGUCAAGAACAAGUACUCGGUCAUUCUGCCGACCUACAACGAGCGGAAGAACCUCCCUAUUAUCUGCUGGUUGAUCGAGAGGACAUUCCGUGAGAACAACCUGGACUGGGAAGUCGUGAUCGUCGACGACGGCUCCCCCGACGGCACGCUCGAGGUGGCCAAACAACUGCAGAAGCUCUGGGGCCCGGAGCACGUCAACCUGAAGCCGCGGGCAGGCAAGCUGGGACUGGGAACGGCAUACGUGCACGGACUGCAGUACGCGACGGGCAACUACGUGAUCAUCAUGGACGCGGACUUCAGCCACCACCCGAAGUUCAUUCCGACGAUGAUCGCCAUCCAGAAGGAGACGGACGCGGACAUCGUCACGGGCACGCGGUACGCCAGCCGCGGCGACAUCAAGGGCGGCGUGUACGGCUGGGACCUGUUCCGCAAGUUCACGUCGCGCACGGCGAACCUGAUCGCGGACGUGAUGCUGAUGCCGGGCGUCAGCGACCUGACGGGGAGCUUCCGGCUGUACAAGAAGAGCGUGCUCGAGAAGGUCAUCUCGAGUACCCAGAGCAAGGGGUAUAGCUUCCAGAUGGAGAUGAUGGUGCGCGCGAAGGCGAUGGGCUUCAAGGUCGCCGAGUGUCCGAUUACCUUUGUCGAUCGGUUGUAUGGCGAGAGUAAGCUGGGUGGCUCGGAGAUCGUCGAGUACUUGAAGGGUGUGAUGAGUCUGUGGUUGAAGGUUUGAGGUUCUCUCUUUCUUUGUGACGGGAUGGUCGCUGGUCUUUCUAAUACUAUACCCUCCGUUUUUUACUUUUCUUUUCUUCUUCAUUUUUCUUUUGAUUGAUCUAUCAUUUAUUUGAAACACGUUGACCAUUCCGUGCCAUUCGAGGGAUUGGGGAUGGGUAGUUGAUUGUGCGUGGUUGGUGUCAAGAUGGUCCUGCCCAUAUGCUAUGUAUAUUAGAGCUCAAAAAGAACACAAUGCUUUGGAU